CAGGCGUGCCUGAAGUGGGGCUCGCACGACCAGAGGCGUCAGCUUCUCUCGACGCUGAAGGAGCAGCUGCCGAAGCUGGCUCUGGACAAGCACGGCCACGUCGUCGUGCUCAAGCUGCUCCGAUACACCACGAGGACAGCGGCGGCCCGGAAGCCGACGGAGGCCGAGAAGAAGGCGGCGGCCAAGAACCUCAAGGACAUCCUGGAGGGCUUCCACGGCAAGAGCCUGCACUCGGCCUUCUACAACAAGAACGGCUGCCGGGUCAUCAACGGGUUCUACUUCUCCGAGUCGCUGAGUACCAGGGAGAAGCGGCGGAUUCUGCAUGAAGGC